UGAAGCCGUUGCUGGCUUCUUAGCGCCUGGCUUUAGCUUAAAUAUUAUAACCUAAUGAUAGUUAAUAUAUGUGCGAAAACGAUCUUUCUUGCAAUCGAUUAAAGCGAUAACAUGGUCUGACUCGAACACAAGAGCUGGGGAAGAUAUCGUCAAAUUAAAGGUUUUAUCCAAGUAGGGGCUGAUAGUUCUUGUUGAGGACAACGCAGCUAUGAUGUGCAUCUGAAGACAUCCUGAUCUCAUGGGCUCCUAUCCUGUGCUGACCCAAUGGUUUAAUCACCAGGAGUAAAAAUGAGCAUAAGCAGUGAUGAGGUCAAUUUCCUGGUUUACAGAUACCUGCAAGAGUCAGGCUUCUCCCACUCAGCAUUCACCUUUGGCAUAGAAAGCCACAUCAGCCAGUCCAACAUCAAUGGAGCCCUGGUGCCCCCUGCUGCCCUCAUCUCCAUCAUCCAGAAGGGCCUGCAGUAUGUGGAGGCUGAAGUCAGCAUCAAUGAGGACGGGACCUUAUUUGAUGGACGGCCCAUCGAGUCGCUAUCUCUGAUCGAUGCUGUGAUGCCAGAUGUGGUCCAGACCAGGCAGCAGGCUUACAGGGACAAGCUGGCCCAGCAGCAGCAGCAGGCGGCAGGCAGUGGCAGCAGCACAGGGCCCCAGGGAAGCACCAAGAACGGAGAGGGCGCCGCCAACGGGGAGGAAAACGGAUCACAUGCCUUAGCCAAUCACCACUCAGAGAUGAUGGAGGUAGACAGGGACGUGGAGAUCCCCCAGAGUAAAGCCAUGGUCCUGAGGGGCCACGAAUCUGAAGUUUUUAUCUGUGCCUGGAACCCAGUGAACGACCUCCUCGCCUCUGGGUCUGGGGACUCGACAGCACGGAUCUGGAACCUGAGUGAGAACAGCACAGGCGGAUCCACCCAGCUGGUUCUGAGGCACUGCAUACGGGAAGGGGGCCAGGACGUACCCAGCAACAAAGACGUCACCUCACUAGACUGGAAUAGUGAGGGAACGUUGCUAGCAACAGGUUCAUAUGAUGGCUUUGCCAGAAUAUGGACAAAAGAUGGUAAUCUGGCCAGUACUUUGGGUCAACAUAAAGGUCCUAUAUUUGCACUCAAGUGGAAUAAGAAAGGAAACUUCAUCCUCAGUGCCGGUGUAGACAAGACCACAAUUAUCUGGGACGCCCUCACGGGAGAGGCGAAGCAGCAGUUCCCUUUCCACUCGGCACCGGCUCUGGACGUGGACUGGCAGAGCAACAACACAUUCGCCUCCUGCAGCACAGACAUGUGCAUCCAUGUGUGUAAGCUGGGUCAGGACAGACCUGUCAAGACCUUCCAGGGACACACGAAUGAGGUGAACGCCAUCAAGUGGGAUCCCACCGGCAGCUUGCUGGCCUCCUGCUCAGACGACAUGACACUGAAGAUCUGGAGUAUGAAGCAGGACUCAUGUGUCCAUGACCUCCAGGCCCACAGUAAAGAAAUCUACACCAUCAAGUGGAGCCCCACAGGCCCCGGGACCAACAACCCCAGUGCCAACCUCAUGCUGGCCAGCGCAUCAUUUGACUCAACGGUGCGUCUGUGGGACGUGGAGCGCGGGGUGUGCAUCCACACACUGACCCGCCACCAGGAGCCCGUCUACAGCGUGGCCUUCAGCCCCGAUGGCAGGCACCUCGCCAGCGGCUCCUUCGACAAGUGUGUCCACAUCUGGAACACUCAGACGGGGGCUUUAGUCCACAGCUACAGGGGGACAGGAGGGAUCUUUGAGGUGUGCUGGAACGCCACAGGGGACAAAGUAGGAGCCAGUGCGUCAGACGGAUCGGUUUGCGUAUUAGACCUGAGGAAAUGACACUCGUCUGGGGGAGCCAUGGACCGACUACGAAUGUGUACAUAGCCAAAAUGAUUGACUGUCCCUGCCUGUCCACCACACUGCUGUAGUCCCGUCAGAUGCCAUGGCCCGCCAUUACAGCCAGAUGGAGCGCCCUCCCCCCUCGUCCCUCAUGUGUACACACAAGGACCACACCUUUGCCACACACACUUCUCAUGCACGUGUCUGACAUACAACAGGUCUGUAUGGACACUGCAUGGACACACCUGCAGGAAGAAGCAUUUCUCUGUUGUCACACAGUACAAACUGGUCGGACCCAUCACACACAAACCAAAACACCAGGAUUCUUCUUGCUUUCCUCUUUUUAUCCUUUGUACCGGAAUUUUAAAGAUUUUUGUUCUCUGUUGGUGUGUGCAUAUUGCAUAUGUCAGCAUUUGGUGUCCUGUGGACAUUGUUUUUGGAUUUUACUGAUCUCUGUGGGUUUUAUAUUACAUGUGGGGUGGGAGAGAAGAGGGGGGGUGUUGAGCAUUGUUUGUUUUUUAUAAUGGGGGUUCAAAGCUGUUCAUUGGGAGAUCCAUUCAUCUAUUUCUUGGCACUCUUUAAGGUUUAAAAAAAAGCAGCUGUAUAGCGUAGAAGACGAAAUGGUUUAUAAUUUUGUCAACUCUAUUUUUAUCCAGUAGGUUUGUUCCAUUUUUGCCAUUUUUUAACAAAAGUAUAAAGCAGUUAAUCAAAGGGUGAACUGUCCUUUGUUUUUGCAACUUUUAUCCUCAGAAAUGGUUUUCAGGUGAUCGCAAUUCAUCAGGUUAUUGUAGAGCUCUAAAGAAUUCAAAACAUCUCGGCCGAAAGGAAAUCUCUGUAGCUGUUCAAACACCACGUCGAUCUCAUGUUCUCACCAUGUGCUGGGCAGAAAGACAGCAGCGCUGCCGUGCGGUCAGCCUCAGGUUUCCGUCUCGAGCUUACGUAUAGACGGCCGCGCUUUAGCGUCAGUCGUGAGGCACAGGAAUAGCUCGCUUCCUGGCGUCGGUGCAGCUUCAGGGCUCUGUGGGGAAAGAGAGAGAGAGAUGGGAAAACAGGCCCACAACCGCUCGGAUCCCUGUGACGUCAACAAUUAAUAAGCAUAAUUGCGUUUGUUUCCUCAAUUAAUGGCUUGUUGCUAACCGAUGCUGAAAGAUAAUCAGACUAAACCGUUCUAAUUGUGUCCUGUUUCCCCUGCUUGGUCAUUAAACAUCGGGACGUCGUCUGGAGCAUCACAGGCGCAGGGUCUUUGAUUGCACCUUUUUAAACACGGCUCGACAUUCGCUCACGUCCCCACUGAAGCGGCUGAUUGACGACGCUGGAGGUCGUGUCGCAGUUUGUCUUGUUGGGCAGUGGCUUCAUGAGCUACAUGUGCAGCUUUCAUGUCCAGCACUGACCUAAGUACACACUACAGUCCCUGCUUUGGUUCGCUGUUGUCAUGCAGUCCAGCAUUAACACACACACACACACACACACACACACUCUCUGGAGACGGGCUGUGUUCAGGCCUAUGCACCGAUAGACGGCGCUUUUGUUUGUAGUGUUCAGAGUUGGCGUUUUGAGGCAAGUCUGUGCUUGUUGUUAAAAAGCAGACUCGCAGCAUAUGACUUGAUGUAACAUGGUAUCUGCAUAUAAUAUAUAUAUAUAUAAAUAUAUAUCUGUGCUAUCACAGGGGAUUCUUUUGUAUGCCACUCGUGCGCUAAGGGUGGAUUUUAAAGUUACUUUUUGAAGACGCUUGAAAUACAGUUUGUGAUGUUCUUGUGCAUCACCAGGGGUCGCGACCAUGAGGAAUGGUUUUUUUUUAUAAAAUACCAUUAAACAGUCAUAGCAAAAUUAAAAAAAAAAAAAAAAAAAAA